GUGUUUUUUGAGAUAAGCGAAAGUCCAGAGGAUUGGAGUAAUCUUUAUGGUAACAAGGGCACCUUUACCAAAUAAUCAAAUGAUUUAUAUUUUAAUAACCCUUGCCACUGUGACAUGAAUUAAUUUUAAGCAGGGGGACGAUGGCGGGGGCGGCUACUGAUAUAUUGGUGGCGAUAUCUGAUGAAGUGGCGUGUGGGGGAGGCAAAGGAAUCAAAAUCGAACUUUUAUCGGUGUGAAAUAAUCGGAAAAAAAGAACGAGAGGUGAUAUCGAUAUUAUUGGCAUGAACGUGGAGGAGUACUGGGACAAUAUUUCAGUGACCAGUGUGAAGAUUCAAGUGCUCUGGACAAGGUGUCUUCUUUCUUGAAACUUCUGGCACAGCCAUUCCAGUGUGAUAGAACUUAAAAGUGCAGUGAACCAAAAAUUAAAAUGGAAAGAUCAUUAGUUUGUAUUAUAGUUUUCACGGUUAUUGGUUUUGUGCUAUUUCUAUUGGGUGUGAUCCUCGGAUGGGCAGUGUUUCCGCCUGUUGUUCGCCAGAAUAUUAUUGAUAAUGUUAUACUCAAGGAGGGAACAGAACAAUUUGAUAGAUUUUUGGAGUUACCACAGCCUCUGUCCUUCAAAGUUUACAUAUUUAACAUAACAAAUCCCGACGAUGUGAUUAACAAUGGUGCUCUUCCAAUGGUUCAAGAAGUUGGCCCUUAUGUCUAUAAGCAGUAUCUACGAAAGCCAACUUUUGAAUUUUCCAAUGAAUACCGAGAGAUCACCUAUAAACAAGAGUCGGAAUUCCAAUAUGAUUACCGCCUAUCAGCACCACUAUCUCAAGACGAUCCUCUCUAUGUUAUCAGCAUCCACAUAAAUUCAGUACUGAAGGAAGUUGAAGAAUUGGGAAUGCUUGCUCCUAUCAAUGAAAUCAUUGAUGAUUUAUUUGGAGAAAAUUCUCAAAUGAUUAUGAGAACGACUCCAAGGAAACUUCUGUUUGAAGGAAUGGAAUUCUGCUGGCCAGGGCGUCAUGGCUUUGCUGAUCUUAUUUGCGAAAUUGUAAAGACACAAAUGACUGAAACGAUGAUAAUACUUCCAGAUGGAACUCUUUCCUUUGCUAUGCUCCGUCAUAAAAACAUGACCAAUAACGGAGUCUUCAGAGUUCACACUGGCCUGGACGAGCCAAGAGAUGUCCACCAGAUAAUUACGUGGGAGGAUAAGACGCACAACGAUGUCUGGCCAGACAAUGAUGAUGGCACUCCAUCUGUCUGCAAUCAAAUCAAAGGGAGUGACGGAUCAGCUUUCAGGCCACUUCAGGAAACCGGUGAGACUGCCUUCAUUUUCAACACAGACAUCUGCCGAACAGUUCAACUGGAAUACGAUGGACAGGGAGAAUAUGAGGGAAUUCCUGGCUUCAAGUACAAAGCAUCUCGCUUUUUCCUUGAUCAAGUCGGUCCAGAAUUCAACAAUUCCUGCUACUGCAUCAAUGCAAUUCCUGGAGCAAUUGUCCAGGAGAAUGGAUGUCUCUAUCCUGGAGCAGUGGAUCUGAGCUUUUGUCAAGGAGCUCCUAUUGUGCUAACCAAACCGCAUCUCUUGGGGGCUGAUCAUUAUCGUCAAUUUAUCAAUGGGUUGUCCCCGGAUCCGGAAAAGCAUGAUAUUGAAGUUCUGGUGGAGCCGCACACUGGUACGCCCUUGACAGCCGCCAGUCGGGUGCAGUUCAAUCAAUUCCUUCGUGCUAUGCCACCAGUGACAAUUACUGAGAACCUCGUUCAGUCCUUUGUGCCCAUUAUGUGGGUGGAUGAGGGAAUUGAGCUCAAUGAUGAACUUGUGGAUUACAUCUGGACAUCCCUGACGCAGAUUCUUAUAAUCCUCGAUGCUGUUCACUGGACACUCUUUGCUGUAGGUCUCACACUCUUCGUGGCUAUGCUAGUUUGGCUGAUUGUAGCACUGCACAAACGUCGAUCAAGUGGGCGACAUGUGGGCAGUUAUAGUCCCACGACAAAGUGAGCUUUCUCACGGAUUUUCCAGGUGUAUUAAUUGUUUUUCUGUGGAAUAAAUUUUGGAGGGAAAAAAAACUCCCCAAAAUAUAGGCAAAAA